UUCACUCGCCUGUCCACGCCGCAUUACUCGCAGAUAUUAUAAUCUCAUCUGUCUACAACACCCCCAUCUCCGCAUAUCCCCCGGAAGAUAAAAUGGCUCUCAGCCCUCUACCGAGCUCUACUGAGCUUGUCUUCUAUUCCCAAAAACGUAGACGGCGGCGCAUCUGCUCGACCGCAACUGGCUGUCCUUCCACCCCCUACGCUACACGAGUAGCUUCCGAUCCUUACAAGCGCGUCGGAAUGCGCUUAUCAUCAUUCUGUUGCAUCCUAAUCACGUUACUGUCUCAUCUGCUGCUUGUAACGGCCGCACCGCCAUGCGUACGUUUUGCGGACUACGAUUCCAUCAACCAGAUGUUCAUCGAUGGCGGGCCGGGAACCAAAGUUCUACUUUGUCCUAAUCGUCUUUACCGACUCUCUGGGCCCAUCAUUUUUACAGCAGCGGACCAGGAGAUUGCAACCUAUGGCUAUCCCACUGGCUCUGAACGUGCGGUCCUCCGCGUGGAGAGCAGAAACACUGCGACGGCAAUCCAGGGAGACUGUCGACGAUGUGCGAGAGUCUCCAUAAAAAAUCUAGUGGUAGAUGGAAACAGAAAGAAGCUGGGGCGUAUGCGAGACUUUGAGCUUGCUACAGGCCUGGUUGUACUCGGUGGGAAUGAAGGUCAGAGUAUCCAGAAUUCUUGGAUCAAGAAUCCUCGGGGUUUCACGGCUAUCCACAUCCGAGAAGGCGACAAACUUCAAUGUACCGGUGCUAGAAUAGAGAAGAACGAAAUUGGCCCUGUGGGAGAAGAGUACGAUCGGGAGAGGGAUGGGGACGACCCAGAAAUGUCUCCUCUUGGUCGACCUCUCGCAGACGGUAUCUCCAUCGCAUGUCGAGAUUCUUUCAUUCGCGACAAUACCUUUCGCGAUAAUACUGAUGCGGCUAUCGUCGUUUACUGCUCGCCAGGUACUCUCAUUCACGCCAACCAUAUCUUCGCCCAAUCUCUUUCUGCGAUGGCUGGUAUCUUGAUGGUAGAUUCAACGCCUUUUGACGGUGAUUAUACUGGCACUGUGGUCAAGUCCAAUAUCAUCGAUGCUGUUUCGCGUACUAUUCGCGUAGGCAUCGGAAUCGGGGCUACUGUGUGGUCAGAUGAUACAGAAACAAUACUUACAGGAGGCAGUGUCGUUGGAAAUGGAUUAAAGGGGAGAUAUAUGGGAUAUGGAAUUGCGGCAGCUGGACUGAAACAGUGGACGAUCAAGGACAACUGGGAUGAAGCCAAACACGAGGGAAGAAAGAGUGCGAGAUGCUUCGAUGAGCCCGUCAACCCAGACCCAAUAGGGCUUCUUUAUAACCAACCAACGAUGCAGGAUUGCACUGUCCAGUCAGAGUUUGCGGACCAUGAUUUCCAAUAUCUUGUCUGUAUCGAUGGACUUUAUGACAAAUCAAACCCUCCCAAGCACGACCUCCUUCCUCCACCUCAUGAUGUAUCCCCAACAAACGCGCAGGAGGAGGACAAUACUGUGCAGCAAGAUGGCGGUGGCUCAGAACCUAUCAAGCAACCCAGGGAGGUGGGCGACAUCGAGGCUGAGCCACCUGUCGAGAAGAUGUUUUCAACAGGCUCGGAGAUGAUGGAUGAUGUCCUUGAACAUUCUCAUCAAAGGAUGCAUGAGGCCAUUGACCACCUGAGUAGGAGAAUUGAUAUCUUGGGUGCUGCGAGCGCUGGUAAAGGAAGUGGAGAUUCCAAAAUCUCUGAUGUCUUGGAUCCUGCCUUGUCAUCACAUUUGGAGAAGUUGCAAAGAAAGAUAGAGCAUCUUGAAUUCUCCCUUCGUUCUCAAAUUGAGACUGCCAUCCAACUUCGUUCCGCCAUUCAAGGAUGGGACCAGGAAAUGGCAUUAGUUACGGAUUGGGAAUAUGAUAUCCUUCUAGACGUUCGUCAUAAACUGGAAUUAUCAUCGUAUCCUCAUGAUCAGCCGCUUGAUCCCAAACUCAUGCGUGGUCAGAGUUAUCUAGACAACGAAGCUGUACUUGUCGAUGAUCAUUCGCAUCCUUCCCUUGAAGGUGAGAAUUUACGCGCGAUGAGCAAUCGGGCAAGGCUCAACGCGAAUGAAGAGACGGAGACACGUGCAAGUGUUUUGCAAAUUGGCUUAAUAGGAGGAAGUGUGAUAGCAUUGGCCUGGGUAGGAUUGCGCUGGUGGAGAAAGAGGAAGGUUCAUGGGAAGCUUCUGUGAACAGGUGAUUUUAGAGUGCUUAUAGUGUUGGGGAAUUGAGAGAGGUAGUUGCCUCGAUCUUUUUGUAUUUGUAUCAAUCAGCGUCGUAGCAGCAGGUAUCCCUUAGUAAAUCGUGCACAAAAAUCCUUUCAAAACAUAAAAGGCAAGCACACUUGAUCUCGG